AUGCUGUUGCUUUGCCUCUUAGUCACCGUUACCGUAGCAAAUGCAACUCGUAGCGAAGAGACGUUUAUGAAAACGCCACAACUCAUCGCACACUUUGGGUAUCCUUUUGAGGAGCAUACCGUCACUACUGAAGAUGGUUAUAUUUUGACUGUGCACCGUAUUCCAGUUGGAAGAGAUGAGAGACCAGCACCUCACACUUCAAAUGUGCGGCCACCCGUUCUGUUAAUGCAUUGUCUUCUUUGUGAUUCAUCAGUUUUUGUGUUGAAUUUGCCUGCCCAGAGCCUAGGAUUUGUUCUUGCUGAUGCUGGAUUUGAUGUAUGGAUGGCCAACACGCGAGGGAAUGAGUAUGGAAGGAAUCACACUCAUUUGAAAGUCAAAGAGAAGGCGUUUUGGAAUUUCACAUGGUACGAUCAUUCUCAUUACGAUCUUCGAAGUACUGUGGAUUAUGUGCUCAAUGUCACCAAACAACCGGAACUCUAUUAUGUUGGUCACAGCCAAGGAACUCUCAUUAUGUUCGCGAGACUGGCGGAAGACCCAGCUUUCAAUGCCAAGAUUCGCGCAUUUUUUGGAUUGGGUCCUAUCGGAGGCCUGUCCAGAUCAAUCCCACUAUUUUAUUUGGCCUCCAUCCCGUUUUACAUGCUGACAGAGCAUGCCGUUCAUCUGCUCAGUGGAAUUCCUUUGGAUGUUCCUCAUGCACUUAAAAGGGGUAUUGCUAGUUUUUGUUCCGUGGAUAUGAUGUCGAGGAUUUGCAGUUUGUUCCUUACGUUUGUGGGAAUGGGAACUGAACAGCUCACCCAAUUCAACAAUUCACGCUGGGAUGUUGUGGUCAGUCAUUUGCCAUCGGCUUCGUCAGCUCUCAACCUCCUUCACUGGGCGCAAGUGAUGCGCUACCAUGAGCUGCGAAAACUUGACUACGGCACCACUCGCAACAUGGAAAUUUAUGGACAGAAGCAGCCACCAAUGUUUGAUAUAACGAAGAUCAACACACCCAUGUAUAUAUUCUGGAGCAGCGAUGACACUUUGGCCCCAGCCUCCGACGUUCAAGAGCAUAUUAUCAAAAAGCUUGGGAGCUCGCUUAAGGGAUCAUAUCAAUUGAAUCAUUUUACACACAUCGAUUUUAUACUUGGAUUGCGUGCCACGGAAGACGUAUAUAUGCCUAUUGUACGGCUUAUCUACAAGGAUUUGGCGGAAAGGAUUUGAUUGAAGUGUUUGCGAUCACGCCGUUGGUUCCCGCACUGUUUUUAAUUAGCUCUUGAUCGUGGCUUGCACUAUAAGCAUGGUCCA